AGCGACAAAGAUGCGCGCGCGUCUGUCCGGUGAAGGAGCGGAGCAGGCGGAAGCGCUGAGCUGGCUACGGGAUGGACAGCAGCCUCCCAGCUUUCCCUCUCCAAGACAGUCCAUUUGGAGGUGCUCCCCUGGGUCGAAGCCACUACUGGCCAUCCCGAAGCCAGACCUGGUGCCCCAAGACCCUGAACCCAUCAAGAUCCCAGAGAUCCAGGCUCCCACAAGCUCCCAAAGCUCUAGCCACAGGUUUCAACUCCCCUGAGCUGUUUGAGCAGUCCUGGCCAUCCAGUUCAGGGACCCCUUCACCACCCAGCACCGCUGAGGGACAGAGCGGGGCCUCCCCACUACCCACCCUGGCUGACAGCGAGGACUCUGUGGUGGCCAAGUAUAUAAACAGGUUCCGCCAGGCUCAGCCCACAAGCCGAGAGGAACGCCAGCCUGCAGGCCCAACCACAGCUGACUUUUGGUGGUUGCAGUCUGAGUCUCCAGACCCCAGCAGUCAACUUGCAGCAGCAGGAGCCAGUGAACCAGAAGGAAGACCCUAUACAGCUCUCCUGACUCCUACCAAAGUGACCAGCACAUCCCAACUCAUGGCUCCCCUUCAGGAAAUAAAGCAGAGCCUCCACACAUGGAACUCAUCCCUGCUAGACCUGGAGACACUGAGCUUACAAAGCAGAGCUGCCAAGCUUCUCAAACGCAGCAAGGGCUCCAUCUCCUGCUCGUCCCUCAGUCCCAGUGAUGCCAGCACUUCCUCACGCCUCCUCAGCUCCAAUGGCCUCUCCCCCUUCUCUGGGAACUUUGCCCCUGAUUCCAGCAAGGGCUCUGGCCCCGGGGCACCUGCAACCCCAGCACCAGCCCCGGCCGCCACCCCUGCUCCAGCCCCGACCUCCUCCCGGGCGCCCCUUCGGCCAGAGGAUGACAUUCUGUAUCAGUGGAGGCAGCGGCGGAAGCUUGAACAGGCUCAAGGAGGCGAGGGUGACAGACCCUGGGUGCUGCACCAGACCCCUGCCCUCACUACUCCUCGUGGGUCCAGGGCUGAGUCUCAGAAAGUCAAGGCCAUGCCACCCCCAACGGGAUCAGUGCUUUGGAAGGGCAAAGCCACGCCUUCCCCUGAAGCCGGGUAUCCGGGCAAGGCCCCUCCCGCUAAAGCUUUGGAGGCAUCCUUGGUCAAGACCCAGCCACCUGCCUUCAAGGUGGGGUCCCUUGAGAUCGUGGCCACGCCCCCGCCUGCUGCUGACCACGCCUACUCAGAAGACGUGCUUUUGCAGGCCGCCAGACUUCUGGAGGCUGCUGAAGACUCCGACGGCAGCGAGUUCCAGGAUGACCCCGUGCUGCAGGUGCUAAGAACCCAGAGGGCAGAGCUGCGUUGGCAGAAAAGGAAGGUGGAUGCCCAGCUCUCCUUCCUGUUGGACCACACCAUGGACCCAGGAUCUUGGUCACCUCUGGCCACAUCGCCCCCCAGAUCCCCAAGGAGGCUGCUGUGAAGGGAAGGAGCCUCCCUGGAGGCCAGAUGACUUUGAAUUGUAUAAGUUCUAUUUUACCCAAUGAAACAUUUCUUUCAGGUUACUGGUUAUCUCUGAGAGGGGGAUUGUUCUGGAAAGACCAAGAGUCAUGUCAGUUCAAGGAAAUACCUGCCCACCCGUGGCUCUGCCCAGCUUCCCCCCUUCCUAACCUUUGAGACAAAAUAUCUUUUCUGGUGUCAUUUUCCUUGGGACAGAGGAGGUUCCAGGUGAGAUUUCAGGCAAAACUGGGACCCAUCUUAUCUGAUUCUGACUCAGCUCAGAAGUCCUGUCUCAGAUGGGACCAAAGAGACAGUCCUCUGGGCAUGUGCUAGGGUCAUCAGAGUGUUGAACAGCAGUCAGUCCUUCAUUCCCAUCCUGCUUGUGCCCACAGCUGCAUUUGGGGUGCAGCUGAUCCCUCUCACUUCGAAGUACUUUCUUCCCCUGCUUCUAGAACUAUCCUUGCCUCUCUAGUCAUGCCUUCUCAUUGCCUCGGCAUGUCAACUUUAGCAUGUCCCAGGGCCCUGGCUUUGACUUCUCUAUCUACACUCACUCCCAGGUGCUCUUGUCUAGCUUAUUGACUCUAAACCUCAUCUCUAUUUUGAAAAUCCCUCAAUUUUUAUCUCUAGCCUAGGCCUGGCCAUUGAAGCCUGGGCUCCUAUGUCAUUACCACCUCCACCCAAAGGUCUAAGAGAUCUCUGGUGCCAUAGAUACUAAUCUGAACUUUCCAUCUUUCCCCCUAAAUUUGUUCCUCCUCCACUGUCCUCAUCUCUGUCCUUUGCUGCUCAGGCUAAAAGCCUUAUAGCCUUGUGUUUUACUCCCACCCACAGUCAGUCGGCCAGCAAACGCUUCCAUCUCUACCUUUAAAAUCUGUCCAGAAUUCAACUGCUUCUCCUUCUUCCACUGCCCUCAACUUCAGCCUAGGCUAUCAUUACCUUCUACCUGGACUAUUAAAACAACAUAUUGUUUUUAUAAACAUGUCUGCAUAUUCUUUGAUACCUUGCCAUCAGGAGAUAGAGUCUAUGUCCCUUCCUCUUGAAUGGAGGAAAACGAAUGCAGAGGAAGCGAUGCAACUUAAUUUCUAAACUUCAGUUAGGAUGUUACGGUCUCCCUGGUCUCCUUUCUCUCCCUCUUUCUGUGUCUCUGAUACUUGCUUUAGAGGCCAUAUUU